GGAGGGCGCUGAUAGAGCUGACUGAAGGGUCGCUGGGAUUGUUGAGGCAGUCGACAUCGUGGAAGACGGAAAGGGGUUUGCCAUAUCGACGGAGGGCGACCGAGGUGAGCACCUCCUUCAGAGCCUGGACAGUGUCGGCAUCAGUCUGGGCUUGGUAGGAGAGGAACAGAUCGUGGUCGGUGCCGUGGGCAGGACAGGAAUAGAGCUGGUUGCUAGUGGACGGCAUGACUGGAUGGCGGGCCGGAGAGCGAGAUGAAAAAGCUGGCUGGAAAGACCGGGCUUGGGGCCGGACCAGCGUUGCCACCGCGAAUCCUCGAUUCGUCGUCGGCGUUCUCUUGGGUUGGCAAUGACCGUGCACUGGGGUCAAGCCCCCUUGCAAUCGAGUUGGUUAGACCAGACACCGCGCUGGUCAUGUGGGAGUGCGCAUUGCUCUUGGCGUUUCCCUGCAUUUCCGGCCACUCAAAUGUGGGCUCUCGCCGUCCGAGCAUCCCUGAACGUCAUGCUCCAUAUCGUCUCUGUCGCCUGCUCGGUCGCUCGCUGAAUAUCCCCCUCCUUUCUCCCUCCGCUGGGCCCUGGCUCCAUCAGUAUCAGCAACAACAGCAGCAGGAUGUUCGCAAUCUUCGCAGCCACCUCCAAUCCGUCGAGUCCAAUCUGGCGGACCUUGACCAAGCCAUCGACGGAGAAACCCGGCAUCUCCAGAAGCUGCAAAAGUUCUCCUUCACAAAAUUCAAGACCAAGAUCUCUGGCACCAACGCCGAGCAGAUUGAAGAGGCGCAGAAAACGCUCUUUCGCCUUGAACAGCAGCGCAACCAGUGCCUCGAAGGACUCGCCGGCUUUGGCCAGCAGCUGGGCGUCGCCGAGGCGCUUGCAGCCGAGCUGGGCGCCAAAUGCAACCGCUUCGGCUCCCUCUGUAGCCAGCUGCAUAGCCUGCUGGACCAGUACUAUGCACCGCCAACCCCAAGCCAUCCCGAUAAUGAAGCCAUCCUUUCGGAGCUGAAUCAGACGCAGGUCUAUCUGCUUGAGCAGCAGGACCGGCUGGAGCGAUUCCGGCGUGCCCUUCAGAUGGCCAGCGAGGCUGUGCGAUAUUAUCGUCUGGCCCUCGACUGCGUCCAGACUGCUCUGCAGUCCGGCACCACCGAUAUAUUUUUCCGCAAUGGCUUCUCCGAGAUCAACGAAUACGACAACUCGCAACAAGCCAAGGCUGCGGCCGACAAGGCCAACGCGCUGCUUCGGACGGCCAUCCAUGCGGUUCCGCCCGAGUCGGGGGUCAACGCAUCGCAGUUCAAGUUCUUCGACAUUGGCAGUCUGUCCGUAUUCGGUACACUCGUCUUUGACAACUACUUCACCCAAUCUGCAAAUCUGGACCAGCUGCAACAGCAGCAGUCGGCGCUGAUUCCAGUCAUCAACGACGCAGCACACUUUGAAGGAUAUCUUCGGAGCAGCAUAGAGCAAAUGCAGAGCAGCCUUCUGCAGCUCGUCGCGCAGCAGUCCGAGAUCAAGGCUCGACUACUGAAUUACCGGCUGUCAAACCUAGCUUACGAAUACGAGAGCGUAUUCGGGAAGGCCCUCGUUCUCGAGAUUCCCCUGAAUCCGGAGUGAGCAACUGACCGACAUCGUUCCAAAGGCAUACUCACAAUUGUUUCGUUUCGACCGAGCCACCCUCCGAGGCUGCUGGGAGGCGUUCAUGAAUGUUACUGGCAUCGUAUGCGCAACCCACCCAGCAUAUGAACACCAUACCCAAGU